AUGUCGCUCCCGUCGCUGCCCAAAGUUCAUCACCCUCUGCUGCCGCUCGAACUUGUCGACAAGUGCGUAGGCUCGCAAAUCUGGAUUAUCAUGAACAACCACAAGGAGUUCGUGGGCAAGCUGAUUGGAUUUGACGACUACGUCAAUAUGGUCCUCGAGGAUGUGCGGGAGAU